UAUUGUAGGGAAACAGUCUGUGUAUUUGCAGAUGCUGACUUGUUUAUCUCUCAUUAUGUUUUCGUGGCGUGAAUAUUGGUGUUAUGUUGCAACAAAAAUGUUUGCCAUGUAUUGAUCUGACUGAAAUACCAUUGCUGGUAUUGCCUCGGCAUGGCUGCCGCCGAGGACGCGGUGCUGCCGGCGCCGGAGGCCGAGGUCGUGGAGGACGAAGAGGAGGAGCCGACCGGCGACGACCAGAGGGCGCUGCUGCCGUCGUCGUCCCGCCCCGCCGCCCCGGCACGGUCCACUAUUGUCUACUGCAUAUUCUACCUGCUUGGAAUGGGCACUCUUCUGCCAUGGAACUUCUUUAUCACAGCUGAUUCGUACUGGAACUACAAGUUUCGAAACACCACCAACUCUUCGGCGGAUGCGCAGACUGACCUGCAAGACAACUUCUUCGGCUACCUGAGCGUGGCGUCCAUGGUACCCAACACGCUGAUGCUGACGCUCAACGCCGCCUUCGGCCACAAAAUACGCCAGCAGUUGAAGCUAGUCCUGUCCCUGGUCGUCGUCAUCGUCUUCUUCAUCUUGACCACGGUGUUGGUGCCCAUCAACUCAGACGACUGGCAAAUCACCUUCUUUUCUAUCACUAUGGUGAUGGUUGUGAUCUUGAACGUGGGGUCGGCCGUGUUCCAGGGCGGCUUGUUCGGCGUGGCUGCUCAGUUCCCAGCCAGGUACCUGUCGGCCGUCAUCUCCGGUCAGGCGCUCGGCGCUGUGUUCGCCUGCGUGGCCAGGAUAGUCUCUAUAGCCGUGUCGGGGCAGGACCAGGACGCGGCGGCUGUCAACUCAGCGCUGGUCUACUUCAUCCUGGCCGACGUCACCCUCGUCAUCUCCAUCGCCUCCUACAUCUGGAUGUCGCGCAUGGUGUGCUGA